UUAUCAUCGUGACAAACAACCUUUCCAUCACCACUUCGACGGCGCGCAAGAGACUUCCAUCGACCGCCAUCGAGACGACCGAAAGCCAGAGAAUGCAGCAUGACGAACAACCACCUGUCCGAAAGAUGCCUAGUGUCAUAUACGAUCGAAGCGCCAUGUCGUCGGAGAGAAGGGAGAUCACCCAUGCUACGCUUGGUCGGUUGGUGGCAAAGUUGACCGACGCACAAUACCACGACGCGGACUUCCGCAACUGCUUCUUGCUCACGUAUCGUAGCCACAGUUCAGUGAACGACUUCAUCGUGAAGCUGACCAAGCGAUACAAUGCAGCUUCGUGCCUUGCACACCCUAGGUACAACGCGUGCGACCCGUCGAAUGCAGACGACAACAAGUUCUCGGUCGCGGCCGAUGCGACUGUGCAGGCCGCAGCAAAUGUGUCCAUGAUGCGAGCCAUGAAUAUGCUCAAGUUUUGGAUCCGAGAAAGCGGGUACAUUGAAUCGGACCUGGACAACGACCGCCGAUCUCAGAAAAAACUCAUGAUCUUUCUCGCGAAAGUUCGAGACGAAUCUCCACACCCGUCCAUUUCCAAGCACGCAGGGACGAUGAUGCACGUUGUCGGCAAGAUUCUCGUUCGCAACACCCCCAUAUCGUCAAGACUGGCCCUUGCUACGCCAUCUGUAAUGCCGUCGCCGCUGGACCUUGGAAGCGAGUCUUCAGACGAGUCGCCUAAAGCUGCACGGCGGAAGCCCGUCACGAUUGACGAAGAUUGCACGUUGGCAUCCACAACUGCCGCCAAACUUAAGAUCGUUCGAAGCACUUCCACAGACACAAAGGCGGCGUUUAAGGCGCAAGUGACUAUCCGAGCGUACCCAUCGGCUGACCACAACCACCGCCAUCGCAGCUACGAGCGAGAUAUGACGCGACCGGCGUUUUCCGCGCUACCUCCUUCGAUUUCAAGGGGCAAGACCAUGCCUCAAGUGUCGACAACCCACCAAUCUUCAGCAACCGCCCCGGUCGAAGGGGGGUGUAUUCACACUCCGUUGACCCGUUCGGUGUCUGACAACACUCGCGAUCGAAGAGUGUUUUCCGUGCCUCGUUCAGAACCUUUCAACGGCAUCAGCGCCCAAGAUGUUGCCGACCAACUCACGCUCCUUGAAGAGCACAUGUUUCACAAAGUCCAGCACCGCGAACUAACCAACAAAAAUUGGACAACCGAAUUCAAGCACGACGUGGCGCCGAACGUGAUGGCGCUCAUCGAAUUGUUUGACGCGCGCGCGGAAUGGGUGUCAAGCGAGAUUUUGCAUCCCAAGCUGCAGGCGGCGCAGCGGGCAAGCAUGGUCGCGUUUUUCAUCGACGUUGCGGAGGCGUGCUACCGCAUGAAUAACUUCAACACCCACGCUGAGAUCGUCGUGGGGCUGACGGCACCUUGCAUCAAGCAGCUCGAAACAACGUGGAAUCUCGUGGCUCCCGGGCACUUGGAAAAGUUCGAGCAUCUGAAGCACGUGUGUUCGAGUGACGAUAAUUUUCGCUUCUACCGCCUGGUGGGUGGAUUAUCCUGCUGAUCGUGCUGCGUUUGACGUUGCGUGGCAGGCGUAUGCGGCAGCGGAGGGGCAGCCCCGAUUGCCGUCCAUUUUUAUUGUGGUCAAAGACCUGUUUGGGUUCGAGGAAUCGAUGCGAACGAUCGAGAACGGACUGAUCCACUUUCAAAAGUUCCGAAAGGUCUAUCACGCCAUCACAGACGCACUCAGUUGCCAACACACCAAGUACACGGCACCGAGUCGAAGGCGUCGCGUCCUCCACCCAGACAAGAACCAGCAAAUGGUGCUCAAGUUUCGCUUGGAAACAAUCCGCAAGACCGGCACGGAACUGUUUUGGCUCGCCAAAAAGGCCAACAAGCAAGAAAGCGUGCUGUUUGUCAACAGCUUGGCAGACGCUGGAUUCAUGUAGCCGUCGUUCGUGUUAGGUGUAGUUAAUGAGCGGAGGAAAAUUCCCAAGAUGCAAUAAUAUUGUUGUGACCAUGCUGCUUG